UUCACAAUGAAAUUUUUCAUCGUUCUCGCCACGACUUUGGUAGUUUCCCAGUGUCGUGCUGAGCUGGGAUAUGGAUCACGAGGAUCCGCUGGAAGCGGAGGCCUAGGAUCCCAUGGAGGCGGAGGCCUAGGAUCCCAUGGAGGCGGAGGCCUAGGAUCCCAUGAAGGCGGAUUUGGUGGCUCUGGGGCUCUUCAAGGAGGCUAUGCAGCACCCAGUGCGGGCUACGGAGGCUCCGGUACUGCCACAGGCUACAGCAACUUCAACUUAGGCGCUCCAUCGGGAGGCUACCGCGGUGGGGCAGGUGGACUGGGUGGUGGUCGCGGCGCCGGUGGACUGGGAGGCGGUUUCGGCGCCGGUGGAGGUGGCUAUAGCGGUGCUAGUUCUCUGGGCGGUGGUCACGGCGCCGGAGGACUGGGAGGCAGUUUCGCCGCUGGGGUAGGUGGUUAUAGCGGUGCUGGUUCACUGGGUGGAAUUGGUUCUGGCGGUCCGGGAGGUUUUCAAGCCGGUGGUGGGGUUGGAGGCAUUGGUGGAGGUGGAUAUGGUCGCUAAGUGUUGCAGGGAACCAAUUCUCUGCAGUAUUAGGAAUAUUUAUGACGGACAAGCUUCGUAUAAAUAAUCUUAUGCUCAUCAGUAACUUAUUUUGCAAGAUUUUUGUUAUAAUAUUUAUUUUUAUGCAUCUAAAGUAUUGUUAAGAACUGUAGAUAUGU